ACCCCUGCCUGUGCUUAUGGGGAAAGAGGGUGGUGUUCAGCACACAUCAGGUCAAAGAUCUGGCCAGCUCAGACACAGGGUAAAUAAACAUGGCUGUGCUUUGCCGUAAUUGGCAGAAAGAGCAGGAAGCAUGUGUUCCCUCAUCUGCUGUUUGGGAGCAAUGUCCAGGUUGAAACAACAGCAUUAACUCCCAAAUACCAAAAUGGCUCUCGGGGCACAAAGGACACGUGGCAAGAUUCUGAGUUUUGGCAGAGUUGCUGGAUCAAUGCUUAAUUUGCUGUGCAAGAGCCACGUAGCUCCUCAAAGAGCUCGAGCCAGAGAUAGAACAGAUCGUCUGCUUGUUAUGCAGGUAGAGGUUUGUCCCUGUGACUUUGCCUGCCUCACCGUGUUUUACAAACCUGUUUGCUUCUGGAAGUAGUAGCAGCCUGCAGCCGGCUGGUCUUUGUGGGUGCCUCAGGUACACCAUGGAGGGAGUGUGGGCUCACCAAAGCCCUUCAGGGCACACUGAGUGGGUCCAGAGCUCCUGCUGGUCCUAUCUGCAUCCUGGUUAUCUCCUGUACUGCUCAGGCACAUCCAGUGCAUAGCCUUCACAUUAGACAGAUGCCUGCAAGGGCACUGACACCUGGGAAUUACUCUGCCUGCUUUAAUACUGCUUCAUGCUGUCAGGGCAAGGUAAUGGCUCUUGCUCUGUUUUUUAUAGUGUGAGACUCCCAAUCAGAUUCUGAAGCUGGGAAGAGAUGCUUACCCUGGCUCCGUUCCAGCUGCUUAGCUCUUGUCUCCACUAGCCUGGAAACAUGUUUUAAUGGUGUUUUGCUGUAGUCCCAGGCGCAGCAGAUGCAGAAUGGAUUUGGUGAGCUGCUGCAGACAUGAACAAGUUUAAAAACAUGGUCUUAUCAGUUGAUCUGGAGGUGCCAGCAUAAGCUUGCCUGGUGGGAGUGGUGAGGACUUCUGUUCUCAUUCCAAUGGUCUGCUGGAAGGGGCAGGUUUUCCCAGACAGCUGGGAUUGUAAACAAUAUGAUGAACAACCGGAGCAAAGUAGUUUUCUGCUAAUGGCAAAAAAUCGGUGCUUUUUUUUUGUUUGUUUGUUUGUUUGGUUUUGUUGGUUGUUUUAUUGGGAUUUUUUUUCACCCUUGUUGAUUCCAAUAUCUAAUAACAAAUGGAGUGAGACCUUUCUGGUCUUUAAGGAAUGAAUGAUCUGAUGCAAAGCCAACCAGACUACCUGCUCUGUCUUCCUCAGAGUACAUAUCCAUACUGGAAUUGGAUGAUGCUUUAAUAAUACAGGAAUUGCUUGCUCUGGUCAAUCAGAACACCUUUUGUCUUGUCCAUUUCCAGCUGCAGGCUGAAAGGGCUGCAGGAGUAGGACUAUGUCCACCAUGGUAUACCCAAGGGAGGAGAAACUGGACAAGCUGAGCCAAGAGGAGAUAAUUUCCAACACCAAGCUGGUAAUGCAAGGGCUGGAAGCACUCAAGAAUGAACACAACUCCAUCCUGCACAGUUUGCUGGAGACCAUCAAGUGCCUGAAGAAGGAUGAAGAAGCCAAUCUUGUGCAUGAGAAAUCCAACCUGCUCCGCAAGUCGGUGGAGAUGAUAGAACUGGGGCUUGGAGAAGCUCAGGUGAUGAUGGCAUUGUCCAACCAUCUGAACGCCGUGGAGUCAGAGAAGCAGAAGCUGCGUGCUCAGGUGCGAAGACUGUGCCAGGAGAACCAGUGGCUGCGUGAUGAGCUUGCCAACACCCAGCAGAAGCUGCAGCGUAGUGAACAGACCGUGGCUCAGCUGGAGGAGGAGAAGAAACACCUUGAGUUCAUGAACCAGUUGAAGAAGUAUGAUGAGGAUGUCUCUCCUUCGGAGGAGAAGGAGGGUGAUUCCACCAAGGAUUCUCUGGACGACCUGUUCCCAAAUGAGGAGGAGGAACAUGGUCCUGGAUUGCCCCACCAGCACAGCAGUGCCGUGGCAGCUGCCCAGCAGGGAGGUUAUGAGAUUCCUGCACGCUUGCGCACCCUCCACAACCUUGUCAUCCAAUACGCCUCCCAGGGACGCUAUGAGGUAGCUGUGCCGCUCUGCAAGCAGGCACUGGAGGACCUGGAGAAGACAUCAGGCCAUGAUCACCCUGAUGUGGCUACCAUGCUCAACAUUCUAGCACUAGUGUACAGAGAUCAGAACAAAUACAAAGAAGCAGCACACCUCUUGAAUGAUGCUCUUUCCAUCCGUGAAAAGACUCUAGGCAAAGACCACCCAGCGGUGGCAGCAACUUUGAACAAUUUGGCUGUUCUCUAUGGCAAGAGAGGAAAGUACAAAGAAGCAGAGCCACUGUGUAAGCGAGCCCUGGAGAUCCGUGAGAAGGUUCUAGGCAAAGACCAUCCUGAUGUGGCGAAGCAGCUGAACAACCUAGCCCUAUUGUGCCAGAACCAGGGCAAGUAUGAUGAGGUGGAGUAUUAUUACUGUCGGGCUCUGGAGAUCUACGAGAGCUGCCUGGGUCCUGAUGACCCCAAUGUGGCCAAGACCAAGAACAACCUGGCUUCCUGUUACCUGAAGCAAGGCAAAUACAAAGAUGCAGAGGUGCUGUAUAAGGAAAUCCUUACCCGUGCUCACGUGAAGGAGUUUGGCUCUGUAGAUGAUGAGCACAAGCCAAUCUGGAUGCAUGCAGAGGAGAGAGAGGAGAUGAGCAAGAGCAAGCACAGAGACAGCACUCCCUAUGCUGAGUACGGUGGCUGGUACAAGGCCUGUAAAGUUAGCAGCCCAACGGUGAACACCACUCUGCGGAACCUGGGUGCGCUGUACCGGCGCCAGGGCAAGCUGGAGGCAGCCGAGACCUUGGAGGAGUGUGCAGUUCGCUCACGACGACAGGGCAUUGACCCAAUCAACCAGACGAAGGUGGUGGAGAUCCUGAAGGAGGGGGAUGGCACAGAAAGACAUCGGAGCCUGGGGAGCAGCGUCAAGUACGAGAAUGCCACAGACGGUAGCGAGGAAGUGAGUAUGGGCGUGGAAUGGAGCGGGGAUGGCAGUGGCACUCUCCAGCGCAGCAGCUCCCUGGGAAAAAUCCGAGAUGUGAUACGGAGGAGCAGUGAGAUGUUGGUCAAGAAACUGCAGGGCAAUGGUCCCCUGGAGCCCAGGAACACCAGCAUGAAACGAGCUGCGUCCUUAAAUUACCUGCACAAGUCUAGUGAUGCUUCAUUUGAGGGCACCCAAGGCCUCCGUGCGGAGAGCAGAGGCCUGAGCGCCAGCAGUAUGGACCUCUCCUCCCACAGCUCCCUGCUGUCCUCCAACUGAGCUGGCUGCUCUGCUGCUGGGCACCCUGGCUUCACACUGCACGGGGCAGCACCCGGCACCUCCCCACCACCACCUACUGUGUUCUCCCCAUUACCAGGUCUCGUGUCACCGUCUGCCUGCCCAGCCCGGCCUCCCCCGGGGGUCCCUAGCUAGUUCGGGCACCGCAGCCCGCCCGCAUGCUCCUCUGCUGCUCACUGGGGCCUUCAGCUCUGGUGGCCGCAUGCUCGGUACCGGCCACACACGCUCGCCAGGUAGAAUCGCCAGCCCGGGGACGGGGACUGUCCUCGGGCCAGGACAGCGGCGGGAGUGCCCCAUGCCCCCGGUCCCCCGCCGGAUGAUCGCUGUACUUUAUUUUAUUAAAUAAAACCGACCCUAGAAGC